AUGAUGUCUUCGCGAGAGGAGUAUUUGCCAGUCGCCAAUCCCGCGAAACAUCAUUUGCAAGGUUUGCUGGAGAGAUAUUUCCGCCUCUUACGCGAGGACACGCUUCACGAUUUGCGGAGCGCUAUCCGCACGACCGUGGAGUCAAAUGGUAAGGCGUGGGAUGUUCGGACAAGGGUCGUAGCAUAUGAAAACGCUCUUUCCGUUGACCUUGCCUUCGAUAAAUGGUUCAAGAAGGAAGAUAUGGAGAAGAGACCACGUUACAGUUUGCCCGACGACGGAAAUCACGCCUACGUAUAUCUCCAUUUAGUCGACACAAGCGUUGACGAGGUUGAGAGAUCUCUUCGGUGGUUCAAGACCAUGCGCGCCCGCCAGCACCGUCGUCUUCUCGAGUUCCCUUCCAUCCUACUGCCUUCCUUCGUCCCCCCUCUGAAGGCAUUGCAAAACAUGUCACGGACGCUGGACCUUCCCUUCCAAGAGGCCAUCCUCAAUUCCCUGAGUACAUCCUUUGCCAUGAUUCAAGGCCCUCCGGGAACGGGCAGGAGCUACACCGGAGAAGCACUCAUCAAAGUGUUGCUUGCCAAUGAAUCAAAAGCGAAGCUGGGACCCAUCCUGUGCGUCUGCUACACCAACCACGCUUUGGAUCAAUUAUUAGAACAUCUUUUGGAUGGCGAGAUGCCAACUAUUAUUCGCGUUGGCUCUCGAUCCAGAUCCGAGAGGCUGGCUCCUGUGAAUUUGAGGGCGGUUGCUCGAGACAUGACCCGCACGACUACUGAAGGCCGGGCUCUCUACAACUCCAUUGAGACUUUGGAUAGCGACGCCAACGAGCACAAAGAGCUGAUGGGGCCAACUCUGCCGGAUUCUGAUGACGAAGGCGAGUGGCAGACAGUAUCCUACUCACAUGGGGAUGUGUUCAAGAAAUGGCUCUCUGGCGGCUUAUACAAUCAAACUACGCGCCCGCUCAGUCGCCUGUACCAUUUGAGAGUAUCCGACCUUUACCAUCAGGAAUGUAUCCUGCUCUACCAAAACUGGUUCGAUGAAGCGCUGAGAGAAGAGCUUGAGCAACUGUCGGGGGUGCGCAAUUUAUACCAAAAACAUAAAGAAAGCAACAGCAAGAUCAGGAGCUCCAUCGAUUUGCGAUCUACGCCCUCAGAUACAAGACUGGAGACUGCAAGGGCGAACCCGGCGGGCGUCAAGUAUUCCUUGGAUGUGUCGCUGUUUGAAAGACUCGUUCAUCCGCCUCCCAAUACCCCUACUAUUCCCUUCAGUAUUCUCGACACGCAACGUCAGAUGCACCCAUCGAUCGCGGAACUUGUACGAUCCACAUUGUACCCAUCUUUGUUAGACUCUGGAGAUGUCCGACACUAUCCCGAAAUCCCCGGCAUGGCCAAGAGGCUCUUCUGGCUUCACCACGAGAGCCCCGAGUCGGGGCGAAAGCCUGACAAGUGCUCUGUUGAGACCUCAUAUUCCAACAAUUUCGAGAUUGAGCUUGUAUCAGGGCUUGUGUCCCAUCUGCUGAGGCAGGGUGUGUACAAGUCUGAGGAAAUCGCCGUCUUGACACCCUAUUUAGGACAACUGAACAAGCUGCGACAAAAGCUCAGUUCCGUCAUGCAGAUCGUGCUAAACGACCGAGAUUUGGAUGAUCUUGCCGAGAUGGAAUCUUCUACAACACCUCUUGAAGCCGGCUCCACGAAUUUGAAGAAAGCGGCAAAAACAAACGCCCUGAGCGGUGUUCGAGCCGCAACGGUCGACAACUUUCAGGGCGAGGAGGCCAAUGUUGUCAUCGUGCCGCUCGUCCGCAGCAACAACGAGAAGAGGUGCGGAUUCCUCACACAAGAUGACCUGCGGAAGAUGGAAAAUAGCAGCUUCAGCUUCCCUACAACUCCAUUGGGUUUCGCUCUCAGGGGAUCCCGGCAGCAGCAAAUGAACCAUCUCUUCAAACUCACUGGGGAUACUCGACACAAGGCCCUGAGGACGCUCCGGUACCAGAUAACCAACUUUCUCGGAGCGGUCAGGAGAGAUGAGCAGCCGUACCAACGCGUGGCGCACCUGGUCUGGCAUGUGAACAAGCGGCGGCAGACAAGCGACUUCUCGUUUGACGAGUCCGCGAUCCAGAUGGGUGCCUUGUUGGAAGCCAUGACGCUCUCACUUCGGUGCGACCUCCUUCUGGUGUCCGACUACAUCAGCCUGUGCCGCAACAACACGGAUGACAAGGGCGCCAAGUCCGCCCAUGUCGAUGCGAUGCCGUAUAUCAAGGAUUGCGAGCGACUGAUUCAUAUGGCCCGAACGAGGAAUUUUCAUCGGCUCGAGGUUGAGGGCCACAUCUUUCUCGCCAUGUUCUGCUACUUUGCCCCCCCAAACGAGACCGAGUCGACGACCACGGCAGGCACUCAAGAGGCACCUAAGCCAGAAACUAAUCCAGAAGGCUUCUCCGCGAAAGAAACGAUGAUCAAACUCGGCGAGGACCAUCUCCGACUAGCCAAAGGCAUUAUCCAGCAGUACCCGUCAACGGCAACGCUGAUGUCCGAGCUCGAGACGGCGAACCGCAUGCUCCACCAAGGAAUCUUCUACAGCGAGGUACCCACCGACGAGAUGCGGGCCGUGUACGCGGCCAUCAGCAAGGAGUUUUCGGGAACGGGCCACUGGUACACGUGCCGCAACGGGCAUCCCUUCACCAUUGGCGAGUGCGGCAUGGCGAUGCAGCAGACGGUGUGUCCGGAAUGCAACGCUCCGGUCGGCGGCCGGAAUCACUCAUCGGCCGAAGUUGUGCAGGAGACGGGCACGCAGCAGAGUGUGCAAUAG